GUGAUCGACGCGUGGUCUGUUCAGGCGCAGUUAAACGAGUGGAAAUCUUGGUAGAGGUAAUAGCGCGAUUGAUACGUAAUAAUAAUUCAGAUUUGUUGCAUUUUUUAAAAAAGCAAGAAUGGAAUCUAAGAAGGAACUCAUGAGUGACAAGAGGUUUUCUCGCAUCACAAAAGACCCUCGAUUUUGGGAAAUGCCAGAAAAGGACCGCAAGAUCAAAAUUGAUUCAAGAUUUCGGGCUAUGUUUCAUGACAAAAAAUUCAAGUUGAGAUAUACUGUGGAUAAGCGAGGUCGACCGAUUAAUCGCAACUCUACAGAGGACCUGAAACGUUUUUAUGACCUUUCUGAUUCAGAUUCUGAUAUUUCAGAGACUGAUAGUAAGCAGACUGAAAAGAAAACAAAUCAGAAAAAGGUCAAAUCUAAAAGGGAAAAAAGCUCCCAAAAGUCUUCUGUUGGUAGGCAAGCAAGCAAGCAGGCAGAUAAGAUUUCACCUGUCUCACAGUCAGAUAUUUUAAAAACUGAAGGACAGAAAGGCAAAUCAUCUAAACCUGAAAAGGAUAUAAAAGAGAAAAAUGCAACUGAAUUUCCACAAGACCUCACAGUUGCGUCCACAAAGCAGAACAAUUCCAGUUAUGAUGAAAUUUCUAAACAGAGUAUAUGUAAAAAAUCUUCAAGGAAAAUUGUAAAAGAAAAAGCAAUGGGAAAUUACACAAAUGAUUUCUCUGCCAGCCAUGUCAAGAAAGCAUAUAUGAAAAAUAAAAGUUGUAAAGUUGAAGACAGUUCUAAUCUCCAAGAAUCAAAAAGCAGUGGGGAAAGUGAAGAGGAAAAUAAGUUAGAAGAUGAUAGUGAUCUGGAAGAGGAAAGUGAUUUGGGAGAUGAUGGAGGAACAAGAGAGGGAAGCAGUUCAGAAGAUGAAGAAGAAUCAGUGACUGAAAGUCAAACAGAUGGUGAUGAAAAUGACAGUGGGCCAGAUUUGGCAAGGGGGAAAGGUAAUCUUGAAACCAGCUCCGAGGAUGAAGAGGAAAAUGAUUUGUUGGAGAUAUUUCCCAAAGGCCCUGAAGUUAUACAUGAGUGGGGGGAACUGGGGAAAGGUGCCCCACAAGCAGAUCAGAUCACACACAGACUGGCAGUUUGUAACAUGGAUUGGGAUCAAUUGAAGGCAAAAGACCUACUGGCUUUACUUAACUCAUUUACACCCAAAGGUGGUGUUAUUUUUUCUGUAAAGAUUUACCCUUCAGAGUUUGGAAAACAGAGAAUGAAAGAGGAGGAACUGAAAGGCCCUGCAGAACUAUUAAGCCUUCCUCAAAAUGUCACAGAAAAAGACAGCCUUUAUAAGGAGAAAUUGAGAGACUAUCAAUUCAAACGACUUAGAUACUUCUAUGCAGUAGUUGACUGUGACUCCCCUGAAACAGCCAAUAAAAUAUAUGAAGAGUGUGAUGGAUUGGAAUUUGAAAGCAGCUAUUCUUUUGUGGACUUAAGAUUUAUUCCAGAUGAUGUGACAUUUGAUGAUGAGCCAAAGGACAUGGCCUCUGAAGUGGACGGGGCUGCUUAUAAACCAAAGUACUUCACAUCUGCUGCUGUGGCAACAUCAAAGGUAGACAUUACGUGGGACGAGACAGAUCAAGAAAGGGUGACUUCUUUGAGCAGAACUUUUAAAAAAGAUGAACUUCUGGACAUGGACUUCCAAGCUUAUUUGGCUUCAUCGAGUGAAGAAGAAGAGGAAGAGGAUGAAAAAGAAAAAGGUGAUGAUGAAACACAUGUAGUAGAUGGCAGUAAACCUAAAGAACACCCCAACGAUGAUGAAGACCAGAUAGCAAAAUACAGAGAGCUUCUUCGGAGCGUUCAGGAAAAAGAAAGGAAGCACGAAGAAACUGAUAUGGAAAUGGAAAUUAAAUGGGUUCCUGGUCUGAAAGAAAGUGCUGAAGAAAUGGUAAGAAACAAGCUAGAAGGCAAGGAUAAACUGACUCCGUGGGAGCAAUUUCUAGAAAAGAAGAAAGACAAAAGGAAAAUGAAGAAAAAGCAAAAGGCUGCCACCGUUAAGGAAAUGCUGACGGAAGAUGAAUGCCCAUCUGAUGUUGAUUUCAAUGAUCCAUACUUUGCUGAGGAACUUGGGAAAGCAGGUUUGAAUAAAACAUUAAAGAAAGGAGAAGUUGUUAAGGAAAAAGAAGUUGAUGCUGAAAAGCAGAAGGCUGAAAUGGCUCUGCUGCUGAUGGAGGAGGAGGAUGAGGAUGAAAGGAGACACUUCAAUUAUGACAAGAUAGUAGAACAGCAGAACCUGAGCAAAAAGAAACAAAAGCUGCUAAUGAAAAAGAAGGAACUGCUGACAGAUGACUUCCAGGUAAAUGUUGCUGAUGCCAGAUUUCAAGCCAUGUAUACUUCACAUUUGUUUAAUUUGGAUCCUUCCGAUCCAAACUUUAAGAAAACAAAAGCAGUGCAAAAGAUUUUGGAGGAGAAAGCUCGCCGAAGGCAGCAGGGGUCAACUGAGGCAAAGGGGGAGCAGGACAUUAUGGCAGAGAAGAAAUGUGUUGCCAAAAAACCUCUAGAUCCUGCAUUGUCGAUGCUAAUCAAAUCUGUCAAGAAUAAAACAGAACAAUUUCAAGCAAGGAAGAAACAGAAAGUUAAGUAAGUUGACUGAAGAGUUUGAAGAUGAAGUGGACUUUCAAAGAAAACACAUUUUAUUUUAAGAUAAACAUUGGUCCUUGAACCUUUCUUCACCUUUUCUUCCAGUUCAAGCUUAAAUGCUUAUAAAAAUCUUGCCAGAGGAAUUGCAAAUGAAGCUAUCCUAAAAGUAAUGUAACUUAUUGGGGUUAUAUUAAAAAAUGAGAUUGCUUUCAUAACAUGAGCUGGGAUUGGCUCUUGAACAUUUUUAAAUGGGGAAAAGUGUUUUGGAUAUCUGCAAUCAUAUUAAUAAAAUGGAUUAAAUAGAAAA